GUCGUGGGAGUCGGAAAGGAGCGGCCCAGAUGUGCAUGUCCUGCCACGGCACAGGGAUGCAGGUCCGUAUGCACCAGCUGGUCCCAGGCAUGGUGCAGCAGGUGUCCACUGUGUGCCACAGCUGCCAGGGCCAGGGCCAGAGGAUCAGCCACAAGGACCGCUGCAAAAGCUGCGUGGGGAGGAAGAUCAUGAGGCAGAAGAAGGUUCUGGAGGUCCACAUCGACAAAGGAAUGAGAGAUGGCCAGAAGAUCGUUUUCCAUGGAGAGGGAGACCAGGAGCCCGGCAUCGAGCCAGGGGAUAUCAUCAUUGUCUUGGACCAGAGAGAACAUUCAACUUUCACAAGGAAAGGAGAGGACCUGGUCAUGUCCAUAGAGCUACAGCUGGUGGAGGCUCUGUGUGGUUUCAAGAAGCCCGUUCAGACAAUGGACAACAGAACUCUCCUCAUCACCUCAAACCCAGGGGAGCUGAUCAAGCCUGGAGACACAAAGUGCGUCGUGAAUGAAGGGAUGCCCAUGUAUCGCAGGCCGUUUGAGAAGGGGCGUCUUAUUAUUAACUUCACG